UAUGCUUUGUGUUGAUCUUAAUUCACAAGACUUUUUCCGGCCCCCACAAUCAUGCACCAUUUUACUAAGGCUUGUUUGCUCUUAUUUCUAUAAAUUCCAUCUCUGGUUCUUGGUGUGAUCUUCCAUCCCAAGACUCUCUCAUAUUAUAGGUAUACAAAUUUUACUGUUUUUCCUUUCCAUACUUUCGAUCAAAACGGAUUUUUGUAUCAAUACAAAUAUCUGAAGAGAAGCGAGGGGAAGAAAAACGUAGAGAGAAUAAUUUCAAGGUGAUGGCAACCAUCUUGCUUCUUCUUCUCUUCUCAGCAAGUUUCACCGCACACGCUCAACAAGCUGGGCAAUCCGUUAUCAGGCCAGGUUCUUUGUUAACACCUAUAGGCACCAAUUCUUCAUGGCUAUCACGUUCCGGUCUAUAUGCCUUUGGAUUCUACAAGCAGGGCAACGGCUAUGCUAUCGGGAUUUUUAUUGCUGGGAUUCAACAAAAGACUGUGGUCUGGACAGCCAAUCGAGACAAUCCACCACUUCCCGCUGAUGUUAAAUUGAUCUUCACAAGCGAUGGACGACUGGUUCUGCAAUCGGCACAAGCUGGCACGGAGACCGAGAUCAUCAGCAGUACUGAAGGUGCAGCAGCAGCAUCGAUGCUAGAUUCGGGCAACUUUGUUCUCUAUAACUCUAAUAACGAGACAAUAAUAUGGCAGAGUUUCGACAGACCAACCGACACCUUCUUACCAAGUCAGAAACUCACAACUGAUCAAGUGCUGUUUUCCAGUCGUUCGGACACUGACCACUCAACAGGCAUAUUUCGUCUCAUAAUGCAACAAGAUGGAUGGCUAGCAAUGUACCCAGUUGGAACCCCAUUCACACUUGAAUUUGGUUAUUUUGGACAAGGUAUAUCUGGACAAGGAGCUGAUGUUUCACUAAAUUUUGAUACUGAUGGUCACCUCUACUUGCUUAAUGGCGCCGGCAUAUAUAUAGUGAAUAUUACAUCAGGAAGUCCAACAAAAGGUUUAAUCUACCUUUUAAGAAUUGACCCUGAUGGGAUCUUGCGGCAUUACUCGCACAAUCUUGAUCAGAAUAGUGUUUGGAAAGUCACAUGGUCAGGUCCGAAAGAUGUGUGUGCCCCUAAGGGUCUUUGUGGCAUCAAUGGAUUUUGUGUUACAAAUGAUCAAGAAGCUGCUUGCAAAUGUCUUCCUGGAUUUACACGUGUUAAUGAAGAUAGUUGGAUUUUAGGAUGUGAAAGGAAUUUUGAUUCUAAAAGUUGCAAAAGCAAUGAAGCAGUUUCUGGAUAUAACAUGAGAGAAGAGCCAAAUACUGUAUGGGAAAAUAAUAACUAUUCUAUCCUGACAUCUUCAACCCAAGACUCGUGUGGAGAAGCAUGUUUGAGGGACUGUAACUGUGAAGCUGCGUUAUACAAAGACGGAGAGUGUAAGAAACAAAGGCUUCCUUUGAGAUUUGGAAGAAGACAACAGAGUGACUCAAGCGUAGCCCUCAUCAAGGUAGGUCUGUCUUCACUCUCUACAGAUCCAAUUGUACCGAAAGAAAGCAAAAAGGAGAUUCGAGUGGACAUCCUGAUUAUUAGUGUUUCGUUGAUUGUAUUAGCAUGCAUUGUCUUAGUAGUUUCUGGAAUUGUAGUUUACAAAUAUCGUGUUUGGGCCAACAAAAACAUAUCUAACAAUGAACAAGGUGGCUUGGUUGAGGAUGUUGCUCCAAAAUCAUAUACUUAUGCAGAACUUGAGAAAGUGACUGAUGGUUUCAAGGAAGAGAUCGGUAGGGGAGCCUUUGGGAUUGUUUAUCGAGGGGCAAUAUGGAAUGGCGAGAAGAUUGUGGCCGUCAAACGACUGGACAAAUUGUUGGCCGAGCGGGAAAGAGAGUUUCAAACGGAGGUGAAAGUUAUUGGGAGAACACAUCACAAAAACCUAGUUCGGUUACUCGGGUAUUGCCAUGAUGGACCGAAUAGGCUUUUGUUGUAUGAUUAUAUGAGCAAUGGUUCACUUGCAGAUAUACUCUUCAAGCCAUCAAAACAACGACCUUCUUGGUAUAGAAGAAUUGAAAUUGCUCGUAAUAUAGCAAAAGGAAUUCUCUAUCUCCACGAAGAGUGUGAGCCACAGAUCAUUCACUGCGACAUAAAACCACAUAACAUUCUCAUGGAUGAGAACGGGUGUGCAAAACUCGCUGAUUUCGGAUUAGCGAAGUUGCUGAAACCAGACCAAACCAAAACAUAUACCAACAUAAGAGGCACAAAGGGAUAUGUUGCACCAGAGUGGCAUCGAAAUUUGCCCGUGACAGUCAAAGUAGAUGUGUAUAGCUUUGGAAUUGUACUCUUAGAGAUGAUUUGUUGUCGAAGGAAUGUGGACUUUGAUCUUCCCGAUGAAGAAGCACUUCUUGAAGAAUGGGCAUACCAUUGCUUUGAGUGUGGUGAGCUGGGCAAACUUGUGAAAGAUGAGGUGGUCGACAAGAAAGAACUAGAAAAAAUGGUUAAGGUAGUACUCUGGUGCAUUCUAGAUGAGCCAUCACUUCGUCCCUCAAUGAAGAAGGUUCUACAUAUGUUGGAAGCUGGGGCUAUUGAUAUUCCAAUCCCUCCCAGCCCGACAUCUUUUCUCACUGCCCUCUAAAUUGGUUUUGCAAUUUAUCUGUCUCAAAAGUUGAAACCCAAACAUGUAAUGGUUAGAAAUAAUAAGUGCUCAGCAUAUUCUGUUGCUUAGAAGGGAAUAAAGAAGAUAAAAGAUUUUGUGUAUUUGGUGAAAUCAUUUCUGUUUCUUUCUAGAUGUAGUUCCAAAUAUCUGUAUGCCAUUGCUACACAAGUGUUUUGGUUUUUAUUGUAUUUUAUUCAUAUAUGGGAUGCAAUGGUUUACCGACUACAUUGAUUGCAUACAUAAGCA